UUGGGUCAAGGUGGGUUCAGGGUCGUCUACAGAGGGUACAUCAUCGAUUUGGAUGCGACGGUCGCGGUGAAGAAAGUCUCGAAGGGAUCAAAGCAAGGAAAAAAAGAGUACAUAACCGAGGUGAAGAUCAUUAGUAGCCUAAGACAUCGCAACUUGGUGCAACUCGUAGGUUGGUCCCAUGACAAAGGUGAAUUCUUACUUGUCUAUGAGUUCAUGCCAAAUGGUAGCUUGGAUUCUCACCUAUUUGGCAAGAGGGUUCCUCUUACUUGGGGUGUAAGGUACAAAAUUGCUCUUGGUUUGGCCUCGGCAUUACUAUAUCUUCAUGAAGAGUGGGAACAAUGCGUGGUACAUAGGGAUAUCAAGUCAAGCAAUGUAAUGCUAACAUUGUUGGCGUGGGUUUGGGAUCUGUAUGGUAGCGGUAAGCUUCUAUCGGCUGUUGAUGAGCGACUUCAAAGGAGUUUCGACGGCAAAGAAGCCGAGUGCUUGAUGCUUGUGGGGAUGUGGUGUGCUCACCUUGAUUGCAGCCUUAGACCGUCAAUAAGGCAAGCAAUUCAAGUUCUGAAUUUCGACACGGAAAUGCCAAAUCUUCCGGAGAAGAUGCCUUGUCCAACUUACCGAGUCCCCGCGAAAUUCGACCUCAGAUGUUCAAACCUCAAUCUAAUCUAA